UCUUGACAGAACGGUCAUCUCCUCUUGUAGAUGGAGAUCUCCAUGUCGGAAUAGCUUCAACAAUCGCAUGUUUUUCAGGAAGGACCAGCAAUGGGACGCGAUUCGAGAGUAAUCAUCAAUACACCACUUUGAGUGCCGAGUCGAGUACACCGGCAGUCUUGUUCUUAGUAUAGCCGGCCAUGUAUCUCCCCAAACCCGGCGAUGCACAUGUCCUCGACCUAUUCAGCCUGAAAGGCAAAGUCGCCGUGGUCACUGGCGGCUCCCGCGGCAUCGGUCUCGAAAUAGUCAAAGCCUUCGCCGAGGCGGGCGCCGACAUUGCAUCCAUCUACCGCAGCUCAUCGACCGCGGACCAGAUUGCAUCCGAACUCUCAGCGCAACAUGGCGUGACCAUCCGCGCGUACCAAUGCGACGUCAGCGACGAACAGGCCGUCGACGCCGUCUUCGAGACCAUUGCCAAUGACUUCGGCGGCAAGGUCGACAUCCUGGUCGCGAACGCUGGGAUAUGCUACACCGUCGCGGCCGAGGACAUGACGACUCAGCAGUUCAGGUCGGAGAUGGGUGUGAACUUUGACGGGCCUUGGUUCUGUGCGCGUGCCGCGGCCAAGUAUUUCAAGAAGAAGGGGAGUGGGAAUGUGAUUUUCACGACCUCGAUCAGUGGGUUGAUUGUGAACAUUCCGGACAAGCAGGCCAUUUAUAACGCAUCAAAAGCUGGACUAAUCCAUCUCGCCAAAAGUCUGGCGGUGGAAUGGAUCGACUUCUGUCGCGUCAACUGUGUCAGUCCCGGCUAUAUAUGGACGGAUAUGCUGGAACAAGUGCCCAGAGAGUUGUCGGAUGAAUGGGUUGCACUUACGCCAGCGAAGCGGAUGGGUGAGGCGUAUGAGUUGAAAGGAGCGUAUCUGUUCUGUGCCUCGAAUGCGUCGAGCUUCAUGACUGGAGCGAAUAUUGUCGUCGACGGCGCUUAUACGAUCCCUUGACGGAGGUGAAAUUGACCAGACGGAGCCAGACGCAUCUCCUUCGUGUGGGCCAUGACAUGGACAGGAUGGAAAAUGGUAUAUGGUCUCAGUAAUCACACCACAUGCUGUUUUUCGUCGCACCAGUCGAUAGAUGAAACUUCGGUUCCCGUUAGGAUACUACGUAGUAUGGUACUUUGUUUCUUUGGAGUCUACCGAGAUCAUAAGUUC